AUGCAAUUGCCAGGAGCAUUUGGUAUAUCAUUAACGACCUAUAUAUGGGCUCCAUUUCAGGACGAAACUCCUCGUCGACCUAACUACAGCAAUACUAUCCAGUCGAUGACACUGAUUGAGAACAGUCUAACAAAUUUCUCUCUGAACAACAUCAAUAACAUGUUCAACUGUCGUCAUCCAAAGAGCCAAGUAUCACCUUAUCUUCUUUGGCCGUUUAGUAACAAAGCAAUUAUAUGCAAUUUUUCCGACUGUAUGAUGUUUUUAUUUCUAUCCUUACCUGCAGCCUUUGGCAAUAUAAUGGUUUGCCGGCUUUACUGUCCGUGA